AUGCCUUCAGCCACGCUCAAAGCUGUUGUGGCCCUACUUGGUGCCACGGCCGCAGCUGCUUCGUUUCCGAACAGUCGGCUCUGUCUGAAGCUCCUGGCACAGGGUGUGGAGGUAGACCUGCCUCACACUACUGACUAUGAGACUGAACAGCAGAAUUAUUGGUCUACAGCCUGCUCCGCACUACGCCCUGACUGCAUUAUAGCUCCCAAAAAUGCUCGGGAUAUGGCACGGGCCGUUGCGGCAAUUCAGGAAUCAAACACGACUCGUUUUGCUAUCAAAUCUGGUGGACACUCGCCCAACCAACUUUUCUCCAGUAUACACGAUGGAGUGUUGAUUUCAACUCGCAAUCUGAAGCAAGUAACCUACAACGAACAGUCUCAGACUGCCAUUCUUGGGCCAGGCUUGAAGUGGGAAGAGGCGGUUGGCGGCCUGAAGGACAAGGGCCAAACAGUCGUGGGUGGCCGUCUUGGUGGAAUUGGUGUUGGUGGACUCCUUCUGGGAGGCGGUCUAAGUUUUCUCGGCAGCCAGUACGGUUGGGCUACAAACAACAUUGUCAACUUUGAAGUAGUGCUUGCCAAUGCCACCAUUGUAAAUGCAAAUGCUACAUCAAACCCUGAUCUGUACGCCGUGUUAAAGGGUGGCUCUGGGAACUUUGGUAUCGUUACGGCGUUUACUGUCAAAACUCAUCCACAAGACCCAGAGAUCUGGGGAGGCACUCGGUUUUAUACUGAUGAACAUACGGAGGCACUCACCCGGGCAAUUCGAGACUUCGCCGAGUACAAUAGCGAUGAUAAGGCAUCGAUUAUUGGCACUAUCAACCGCAAUCCUACCGUGACAUGGGUUGUGUUCCUGACAUAUGACGGUCCUAGUCCCCCCGAGGAAGUUUUCCGCAAUUUCACCCAGAUCCCAUAUAUUCGAAAUACUGUGAAGAGACAAAGCUAUUAUAGCCUAAUGCUUGCCAAUGAUGAAUACAUUCGUCAUGGUAAUAGGUUUUCUAUUGGUGCCGAAACCAGUGUUCACCCCACUGGCGCACAUGGCUACGAAAUUUUCAAAUCCUUUAUUGACCAUUGGGACGACGUCACAAAUGACAUAGUUAAUAUUCCUGGAACGACAAGCUCUCUUGCUCUCCAGCCGUUGCCACGGUCCAUUACCACAAAGGCCAGGGAGUCGGGAGGUGACGUUGCGGGCUUUGACCCGAAAUUUGACUACAUGCUGCUGCAGAUUGCUGUAUCUUGGAACAGCUCCUCGUCGGAUGCUGUAAUGGAGAAAGCAACCCGCAAGUACUACACUGGCCAGGGAGAGAUGAUAAAGCAAUACACCCAGGAAGGAAAGCUACCAAAGGCAUAUACGCCCCUCUACUUGAAUGACCUGAAUGCCCGUCAAGACUUCUGGGGACGCGUGGCACCAGAAACGAGAGCGAGAGCUUUAGCCGUUAGGCGUGCCGUUGACCCCAAAUUAUUUUUCCAGAACAGGGCUACUGGUGGAUUCCACCUUGGUUGA